AUGACGGACAGUAAUGGAGGAUUUUUUUCAAAAUUUGGAAAUUUAAUAAGCAAAAUAAGAGAUGGUGGAAGCUCGCAACCAUCAUCAACACCAGAACGACAAUCACCACAACAGCAACAACAACAACCACAGCAAAAUAAUAGCCCAAGAUCACCACCUAAAGGAUCAUCGUUUUUAAAAGAUAUCUGCUCAAUCGACUCUCCAGUUAGAAGAGCUGGAUCCAGCUUGCGUUAUUUGAGUCCUUCUGUUCUCGAGAAAAGUUCUAACGAUCGAGGACUUAUUGACAUCGAAGUUGAGCCAGUUUCAGAUAUUUUUAGCACCUCAAUCAAUUCGAAUCGGAAGAGACAGCUAACCGAAACCGAUAAAUGGCUCGUGCCAGAUAAUUUGAGAAGUGAAAGCGUUAAGAGAUCUCGCUUCCUCACUAAUAGAAGCCUCUUAGAGCCGAAUUUGAGAACAACGUCAACGGCUGCUCCUCGAUUGGAUACCACCUGGAGCGGACAAUUAUCCACGUCGCCUUCUCCUGCGCCUUCGGUCACCAAUGUGUCGCUGUUAAGCAAAAAGAGCUCUACACCAAAUGGCUCUGUUAGCUCAAGAACUCAGGGCAUAAUGAAGAGGCUCGAAGAAGCGAACACCCCAGCGAAGGAUAUUCAACGGUUGCCGAUGAUUCGCGCUGGUCUUCCCAAACCGGAGCGAUGGGCGACGAACACGAGCUACUCGUCGGUUGCUCCGCCACUCCGCAAAGUUGCUGACAAUGUGCCAUCGAGAAUUCAGCUUCUCUCCAAGACCAUGGCGCUUUCAGCGCAAAGAAAACCAUAUUGGAGAGAUUUGACGAGACGAAGAAGUGAUCCGAAGAGCACAGAGGUGGUCAAUACAACAACUAGCACGGUUACACAGGAAACCGCCAAUGGAACAGCAAAUAACAGCGUGUUGUGCUCUCUGUUUCAAAUUGAAAAGUCGCCGCCGAAAAAUGGAACAACUGCCGCGCCAACGAAGAAACAUCAACCACUUUUGAAAACGUUUGACGGAAAAUCGGUGGGAAGGAACACUUUCCGGCUCGAUGAUGGCAGCGAUAAUGAGGUUGAGCCAAUUUCGAAGAACUGGAUGAGCAAGACGAAGCCGUUGACAGUUGAGAAGGCGCCUGCAAAAGGAUUUCUGGAUAACAUGGCGUUCUCGUUCGCCGCACCAACUGAUGUUGUUGCGAAAAAGGCGGCAAUGACUUCGAAAGACGCUAGCGAGAAAUCGGAGGAAACAUCGAAUGAGAGUGACACCAGUAGCCAUAGCAACGCGUCUUCGGAAGCGUCAAACAGCUCGGAUAGUGGCGAGAGCAGUGAUGAGGAGGUUGAGGAAGAGGAGGAGACGGAGAAGCCGGCCAAAGAAGAGGCCAAGAUUGAGGAAUCUCGCCCACAGACGUCUACUGACACCGUUUCGCCUGCCGUCUCGGCUCAGCAAUCAUUGAACGGCUCGCCGAACAAUGGAGAGCAGAAGGAGAAGAAAAAGGAGGUUGAGAAGACGACGACGACGAAAGCCGCAGCUGAUACUGGAAACUGGACUUGCGAUGGAUGCUUCACCUCGUGGCCGAACUCGUCGAAUGAAUGCGGAUGUUGUGGUGCCGCGAAAGGCGGCGCUGCUCCAGAAGCUCCACCAGCUCCAAAGAAGCUGGUUUCGAAUUUGUCAUCGUUUGCGCCGUCCAAACCAACGAACGUGAGCUUUGGAUUCGGAACAGGAGCAUCGUCGAAACCCGCUGAUCCAGCCCCACCAGCACCGACGGCUACUGAAGAGAAGAAGACGGAAGAGCCGAAGAAACUUCCGUUGUUUGGAAAUUUGGCCGCUUCAGCACCAGCUCCAGCUGCUCCUGCCCCCGUCUCACUUGCUCCUGCUCCAGCUGCUCCAGCACCAACGUUGACUACUCAAGCUCCGGCGGCGAGUUCUGAUCGUGUUGCUUGGGAUUGCCCAGACUGUAUGGUGAGCAACAAGGCCACAGAUGACAAGUGCCCGUGCUGCGGACAUGUGAAGUACAAGGAUGCCAAUGCUGCGCCAACUAGUGUGUUCGGAGAUCGUGCUUUCAAGCCGACUCAGCCAACAGGUGUUUCAUUUGGUGUUUCGAGUAAGAGCAACUUCAGCUUUGGUUUUGGAGGAGAGAAAAAGGAGGAGGCAACAGCUAAGCCAGCGCCUAUCAGCUUCGGAACGACCGCUCAACCUGCCGACGCUGCAACCAAGCCACCAUUGUUCGGCCUUAACGCUGCGCCGGCUGCUAGUGCUGCUCCAUCCCUUGUUCCGGCUCAAACUGCAGCUCCAACAUUUUCUGCUCCAGCUCAAAUCAAGCCAGCGGCGGGGACUCAACCCUCGUUGUUUGGAAAAAGUUCAACAACGAGUUUGUUUGGCGCGUCGAAGCCAGCUGAAGCUGCUCCAGCUCCAGCAGCUUCGCUCUUUGGAAGUCAGCCAGCGGAUGUGAAAAAAGAUGUCCCAUUGUUUGGAAACACGACAUCAACAUUGAAUUUUGGAACGACGGGAUCGUUGGUUGGAGCAUCGAAACCAGCGGAUCCAGCAGCUCCGCCAGUAGCGCCAGUCCUUGGGCAAUCAGUGGCUCCAGCAGCGGGAUCAGCUCUACCAGCUGGAAAUUUGUUCGGAAACUUCACUUCAAGUGCUCCGGCUCCACUCCCGACCUCUUCCGCUCCAACAUCAACGCCAUUUGGCACCACUGGAGCUCUUUCAUUUGGUUCGGGCUCUGGAUCGUUGUUCUUAAAACCAUCUGAUCCAACAGCACCGGCAGCGCCAGCUCCUUUGUUUGGAAAACUUUCGGAUUCGACAACUCCGGCAAGCAGCGUUCCGCAAUUCUCUGCGACUCCUGCCACCACCGCCACAAACUCGCUUUUCUCGGCUUCAGUAGAUUCUUCGGUACCGUUGUUCGGAAAACCGUUUGGAACGGAUUCUUCUGAUGGUCCUUCGGCCAAAAAGGCUAUGUUCUCGACGAAUCCGAUGCCGUUUGGAGCUUCGACGACGGCCACGUCAUCUUCUGCGACACCAUCGCCGUUCAGCGCAAACUUGUUCGGAGCUUCGUCGACGAAAUCGACACCAGCCACGACGACACCGUUCCAAUUCGGAAACACGUCGGCGACUCCGGCGUUUGGUUCAACGGGUUCCGCAAUCGGCGGAUUCGGAUCAAUUCCUUCGGUUCAACCAACGAUAUCGAAUUCCAGCUCGACGGGUUCAUUAUUCGGUCAACAACCGCAACAAGAUACUCAAAGUAUGUUCAACACCAAUUCGAAUCCGAACUUUAAUUUUGGCGGUGCGAGCAACUCAUCGGGUGUGUUCAAGUUUGGAGCAGCUGCUCCGACGGCACCGGCACCGACAGUUCCCACUGGAGCACCGAUUUUGUUCAACGCCGGCUCGACGGGAACGGAAUCGGCGUUUGCCUAUCAAAACUCGCAACCGCAGAGAAAAAUGGCGACGGCUCGCCGAAGAAUUAAUCGUAAAUAA